UACAAAGCUCAGAUUCGCACAUUCGUCGGUGUUAAGAAAUUAGGGGUGCCAGUGGUGGAACGUUAGCACAUGGUUCUUCCCCGACUGUUUUCGGGGCGUCGAUAUGCGAACAGUCCAUCUGCUUUUUUUCCGAUGGAGUGAGAUCGAUGAAUACUACUGACUUGACGCACUCCCAUAGUGUGCACUCUGCAAAAAAGAUCCUGGAGAUGAACAAUCGCACCGGUAAUACCCGACCAGACAUGUUCCAUUCGCGUUUCUACUUAUAUCCGCUUGGCGAUUGCAUUGGGUAUCGAGAAAAAGGGGGCUUGAAAUCGAGGUGCAACUGUGCAAAUGGGUGUUCAUCGCUUCUGUCUUUUGGGGGUUUCCCUUUCCGGGGCGGGAGCACCAGCAAUUCGCACGAACCAAUCGCAAUCGCUGGAAGAUUCCCCCGACCGGCACGGUGGUUCGCCCCGUCAAAAUGCAUUGGCCAGCCGGUCGCGGCGACAUCUGCCGUCCCUUGCAGCCAGCUGCCAAAGCAUUGCAGCCCCACCAUGCCCAGCAGUUUGAUGGAGCUUCGUCAACUUCAACGUCUUCAACCUCAUCUCCCUCGCGACCGCAUCUGGUGUUGUAUGCCGCGCGGAAGGACAGCGAUCCGACGAAAGGCCAAGAAGCGAGACUCGACCGAGCAAAAUAUAUACAUACCGUAUCCACGGCGCUUCGUAUGGGCCAACAACAAGUCUCCGGACUGCAGCCCUGAACUCACAGGUGAUCACGUACAUUACCCAGAUACCCCGCGAUUGUGGGAGCGUGGGAAGGGACGGGAAUUGCGAACCCAACUAAAAGCGGAAACCCAUCCACCCGACGCCAUCAUGCCAUUAUGACUUGCAUCGAGAUCACUCACCUAGUCCACGAGAAGCUUAGCAGCAACGCGCGUCCGGUAGAGAGCGACCGGAGCUGCCUCCUGGCGUCCAUCCAUCUCUCAAACUGUUCUCUUGGUACUAUCCACUAUUUGCCGUUUCAUAACAGUAUGUCUCGGAAAGCAUCUAUCU